CGGUGGGAGAAGGGAGGAGCACCCGGCUCGCCAUCCUCCCCCCCUAACCCCGGGCGCCGGCUCUGCUCGGCUUAGCUGCGGCUGCUGCGGAAUCGGAAGCCUCAAGGGGAGGAUCCGGGGCCCAGAAUGACCUCCUCGGUCAUUCACGAGGCCGCGUGAAGCCCCAAACAGCCCCGGGCAUGGGCGAUCGCGCCGGGCAGCCGGAGCCACGCUCGAGCUGGCACACCCCGGGGGCUGCUGCCGCCGACGCCGGCGCUGCUGCAGCCGUGAACGGGCUUCUGCACAACGGCUUCCACGCUCCAGCCGUGCAACCCCCGCGCCUUCCGCUCCUGCAAGAGCCGCAGCCGCAACCCACGCCCCCGCAGCACGACUCGCCGGCCAAGAAAUGCCGGCUGCGGAGGAGGAUGGACUCGGGGAGGAAGAACAGGCCGCCAUUUCCUUGGUUCGGCAUGGACAUCGGCGGAACGCUGGUUAAGCUGGUCUACUUCGAACCGAAAGACAUCACAGCCGAGGAGGAACAGGAGGAAGUGGAGAACCUGAAGAGCAUCAGGAAGUACCUGACUUCAAAUACUGCUUAUGGGAAAACGGGGAUCCGAGAUGUCCACCUGGAACUGAAGAACUUGACCAUGUGUGGGCGCAAGGGGAACCUGCACUUCAUCCGCUUCCCAAGCUGCGCUUUGCACAGGUUCAUUCAGAUGGGCAGUGAGAAGAACUUCUCCAGCCUCCACACCACCCUCUGUGCCACAGGAGGAGGGGCAUUCAAGUUCGAAGAGGACUUCAGAAUGAUCGCUGACCUGCAGCUCCACAAACUGGACGAACUGGACUGUCUGAUUCAGGGCCUGCUUUAUGUCGACUCCGUUGGCUUCAAUGGCAAGCCGGAAUGCUACUAUUUUGAAAACCCGACAAAUCCUGAAUUGUGUCAAAAAAAGCCGUACUGCCUUGAUAACCCGUACCCUAUGUUGCUAGUGAACAUGGGCUCAGGGGUCAGCAUCCUCGCAGUGUACUCCAAGGACAACUAUAAAAGAGUGACAGGGACCAGUCUUGGAGGUGGAACAUUCCUAGGCCUAUGUUGCCUGCUGACUGGUUGUGAGACCUUUGAAGAAGCUCUGGAAAUGGCAGCUAAAGGCGACAGCACCAAUGUUGAUAAGCUGGUGAAGGACAUUUACGGAGGAGACUAUGAACGAUUUGGCCUUCAAGGAUCUGCUGUAGCAUCCAGCUUUGGCAACAUGAUGAGUAAGGAAAAGCGAGAAUCAAUCAGCAAAGAAGACCUUGCCCGGGCCACCCUCGUCACCAUCACAAACAAUAUUGGCUCCAUCGCGCGAAUGUGUGCUUUGAAUGAGAAUAUUGACAGAGUUGUGUUUGUUGGGAAUUUUCUCAGAAUCAAUAUGGUCUCCAUGAAGCUGCUAGCAUAUGCUAUGGAUUUUUGGUCCAAAGGACAGUUAAAAGCUCUGUUUUUGGAACAUGAGGGUUAUUUUGGAGCUGUGGGGGCACUUUUGGAACUGUUCAAAAUGAAUGAUGAACAAUAGAGAUGAGCAGAAGAUGGAACAACCUUCUUUGAAGACAGGGACCUGACAUCGCUGCUGAAGAAAGUGAAAAGACUGUGGGACAGAUGGACUGAGAUGGACAGAUGCCAAGCCAUAGGGCAGAUGAACCUGCUAGAUUUGUAAAUACUUUCAAAUCCUUCUAGCUGAUCUUUUAUUCAGGGGUUUUGAGCUUAUGAUUCAAAAAUGGGGAAUACAAGAGUUUUUUCUGUAUGCUGUAUUUUUUAAAAAAAAAAGAAAAACCAUUUGUGCAGCGUGGCCAAAACCUAUUGACUUUAUGCAUUAACUUUGGAAAGUUAUAUGAUGGUAAGAAGGACCUGAAAUGUAAAAGUGCUGUUUAUUUUUUCUUCUGGGGUUUACUGAUCAGUGUGGUAAUUUUAACUUCAUUUAGUAAUGACUCUAGGAGAUUUUACCUUGACUUAUAUUUUUCAUGACGUUUCAUGAUUUGCUGUUGGUUUCAAGUGAAACUACAAAUCUGGCAUGUAUAACUGUGAACACUAUUAUAAUUUUGUCUGCCUUUUGGGUCUUUUUUUGUUUUGUUUUGUUUUGUUUGUUUCUGUUUAAGUAUCAUGGAAAAAGAGCCCUUUCUACUAUUUCUGUGCCUGGAAAUCUCUUCUCUUUAAAGUUCAUAUUCAUCAAGGUGCUGCUAACCAACUCAGUCAUAGUUAAUUAAGUGCAAAAUCUAAAGUGCUCAGAAAGUGCCCUUGACGAGAAAACUCUGAAGGUAUCAGUGGAUUUAGUAAGCCUUGGCAAAUCUUGAAAAUCAUAUGCAAUUUUUCUUACCCAUUAAUAAUAAUAAUAUAUCUUUUGUCUGUUUUAGUUUGUGUUAAAUUAAUUGAAAUGUCCUAUAAUGACAUCUCAGCCACACAGUAUACGGAUGGCAGCACAUCCUCCGAUAGGACAUUGUAGAUUGGGGGGACAGUUUUUCCUAUAGACUAACUGCACAUUGGGAGGCUGAGGGGAAGUCAUGGUUUGAGGUGACAGAUAGGGACACCUGUCUGUUUUGUACCUGUUGCACCUAGGAGCAUUGUAAAAGGGCAUCUUAAAUAAUAAAGUUUUCUCAUUUAAAAUAUCUUCACUGGAAACGUUUUUCAAUCCUAGUCUCUACAAUUAAAAGAAAUUACGAUAUCAAUUUAGCUAUCUAUUUCUUUUUGAAAGACAUCAUCAGAAAUGAUAAGGGACUUUCAAAUAAGACUCUUGAAAUGCAGGAGAUUUCAUGUUUUAGAAUUACUAAUCAAUCUGUUGAAUUGGACAUUUUGAAUUGGACAUGUUGAAAGGUAUUUUUUGGAAGGGCAGAACAAUUGCUCCAUGAUAAAUCUUUCCUUCUCUGCCUCCUGAGUACCACCAUUUUUAAUUUUCCUAUUUUCAAGUCUUGAAAUUGGUGUUAAAGUAUUCACUUGUCUGGUUGAAAUAAAAUCUGUUUUUUGUU